AUGCAGUGCAUAGAAGAUGUCAGCCAAGAAAUCUGGCAAGACUGUAUCAACUUGUUCCUACAAUCUGAGAUGUGCAGUGAUGCAGCAGUUAUCACCAGUAAACCACCUUGGUUAUUAGCUUCUUCUACUGAAGGAAACUUUAUUCAAAUAACCCAGGAAGAAGUUCAGACCUUACUGACAAAAGAGGGUAGAGAAAAGCUGUUUCUCCAGGGAGUCACCCUUGCUGGAAUCAAAUGCCUGUUGAUCCGAGACAACUUGUUCACCAAUGGCAACAACAGCAUGGACCUCCGUACCAAAGGCCAAAGUCGAGGAAGCCAGGCAGUGACUGUAGUUCAGAUGGAGUCUGUGUAUCUUGUGGUGAUGGGAAAAAAGGGGACAGAAGGAGGACCUCUCAACCUCAAAGCUUUUGAGAUAGCAGGCUACAUGAGAGAGGCCAUUCUUCAAAAAAUGGCCCAUUACUAA